CUGCAACGUAAUUACGUCCUGCCGUCUCUUCUCCUGAUGACACAUCCUCUGUGCUGCGCAGAGGGCGGAAAGCAACGAAUCCUGAACGGAGAGGCGUUUUCUCUGCUGGUGCGCUGAGAUUGCGAAGAUACGUCGUCAGUUGACUUUAGAGGGACCAUCUACUGAUAAAGUGCGCUGCUGCGUAUAUAAAGGCGGACGUGGAAGCGAGAGUAGAUCCUGCAGACGUUGAUACCGGUGGCAUUGUUAUCAUCCUCAGACUUGAUACUGCUUUCACACAGGAUCUGGAAGCACUAACACAGCACUAACACAGCACUAACACAGCACUAACACAGCACUAACGCUAACACACACACACAAUGACCGUCAAGAAACCAAUCACCCUCCAUCUACACGCCGCACUCUUCGACGUGGACGGCACCAUCGUGGACUCGUCACAGCCAAUCCUGGACUUCUGGGUCAACUUCGGCAAGGACAAGGACUACUUCGACGGCCAGUACGUCUUUGACCACACACACGGGUGGAGAACGUUCGAUGCCAUCGCCAAGUACGCGCCAGACUUUGCUGACGAGGAGCUCGUGAAGAAGCUGGAAGGACAGGUUCCAGACCUCUAUGGAGCCGGAGCCAAGGAGAUCCCAGGCGCCAUCGACCUGGUGAACAGCAUCCUCAACCUGCCUACUGAGUCGCAGAGACUCGCCGUCGCAACCUCCGGUACCUACGACAUGGCCUCCAAGUGGUUCAAUAUCUUGGGGCUGACGAGACCAGAGGCCUUCAUCACCGCAGAGAGCGUCACACACGGGAAGCCAGACCCAGAGCCUUACCUGCUAGGUAGAAAGUCGCUUGGAUACGCAGACUCUGGCAAGACCGUGGUGGUGUUUGAGGACGCGCCUGCUGGUGUGAAGGCAGGCCAUGGAGCAGGAUGCUUCGUGAUUGGCAUUGCAAGCACAUACGACGCGGACACGGUGAAGGGCUUUGGUGCUGAUAUCGUGGUGCCAGACCUCACGGGCGUCAAGGUUGUGGACUACGACAAGCACAACGAUACGUUCAAGCUGGUGAUUGACAACUACGUCUACGCCAGCGAGCAGUUUGUUCAAAGCUGAACCUUUUCUUUCUCUUUCUCUUGAUCUCUUUCUCUCUUUCUCUGUUCUUAAUGGCCUGGAACGGGGCCUUAAUACCGUUAUGAUAAAGUAUAUACCGAAUACAUGCGGCUCUGUUGUUCAACACUAGCACAGCACGUUGGUGCACUUGCUGAUCACCAUCUGCUCAGGGUAUCCCUCUCCGUCCAUCUUCCUCGUGGUGUUGCUAUAGGUGAUGCCCCAUUUCCCGGUGAACCGGUACUCGAUGGUCUUCUCACGCUCGUUAUACUUCUUUCUCCAGAUUGGCGGGGCAUCCACGUAUUUGAUGUAAUCUCCAUGGCAGUCGUCCGCAAUGACCGUGGUUCCUGGGUUGAUGAGCCCAAGCGACUCCAGCGCCCUCAGGUCCAGCAGAUAGUU